GUACCUCAUGAUCGAGCGGAGAGAGCGUACGAUGAAGAGUUUUCAAGUUAUAAGUUGACCAUCAUCGAUUUGCCUUGUAAUAACACGGCUUUGUCCGGACCUCGCGGCCCUAUAUUAAGCAUUCCAGAGCAACGAUGCAAUAAUGCGGGACUAUCGGUGCAUAGAAACGAAAAGCGGGCGAGGCACGGCGAAUUUAAAAUAUUUCGCGGAGGAUAUUGCUCCGAUAUCACGGUUAUGCACCCAUACAGGCACGCUCUGGCCGGGUAUAAGGUAAUUUCAGAAGAUUUUGACAUGAAACCAUCGGACAGGAGCGAGAAGGCGAUGCUGACUGGGAACGCGCAGCCUUCGGACGUGUUCUGUUCGGUUCCAGGACGAUUAUCGUUACUAAGCAGCACCAGCAAGUACAAAGUUACGGUAGCCGAGGUACAAAGACGACUAUCGCCACCGGAAUGCUUAAACGCGAGCCUCCUCGGCGGGGUCUUACGGAGAGCGAAGUCCAAAAACGGCGGACGUCUGCUUAGGGAAAAGUUGGAAAAAAUUGGCCUAAACUUGCCAGCAGGAAGAAGGAAGGCCGCCAAUGUCACGCUCUUGACAUCCUUAGUGGAAGAGACUUCGGCUAUGUCUGCGAAACCGAAUUCCCUGCGAAACAAGUUGCCGAAUACCUCAGUCGGCAGCAUUGUGAACCGCAAGAUUCCUACAGGAGGAAAGAACUUCUUCAUGCCACCAAGUAAGAAUUUAUUUCCACGCGAACAAUGGCGA